CCGCCAACACACCUCAAUGUCGACCAGCAAACACUACUGUUUACCUGCUUCUCAUUAAUUUACCUGUUUAUUAAUUGUCACCAACUCACCUACGCAUACCUAUAUAUCCUCCAAUACCUCACCAAACCUCGCUAAACAACACCAUUCUACGUUAGAUCACAUCAGGCUACGAAUCAUCACCACCACAUCACACCGGUGCCCUUACAUUAUUGUCGCAUCGCUUCACAUACGCCGUUCCAAAAUAUCAACGACGGGCCAUAUUUGCACCAGAUUUUCUUUGCAUUUACAAGCACAAACACAAACAUUUAUACAUAGGAUAUAUAUAUAUAUAUAUAAGAUCUAUAUAUAUAUAUAUAUAUAUACACACACAGAUAGGUAGAAAGAUACGUACAUACACACAGACACACACACAUAUACACACACACAUAAAUAUGCAUGUAUAUGUAUAGAUUAAUACAUACAGACACUGAUAUAUACAAACGCAUCCACGUGUUCACAAACGAACACACGUUCACCGUCACACACAUCUAACUACACACGCGCGCGCACUCGCGCACACACACACAAACAUACACAUAUCUUGUCACUUACACAUACACGAAUACAGAAAGCGAUACAUUACCACCCCAAACUGUCCCACAAAGCCACACACACACACACACACACACACACACAAACCCCCACACACCGCCUUGUGUCCCGUUGUCAUCUCCCUCGGACCACCCCGAGACUGCCGAACACGACCACAACAAACAGCCGCCUUUGAUAACACGGAUCGGUUCGCUACAGGUGAAGUGGGAACCAGCUGCCGUUUGCUCGGACCAACUGGACAGGACGUACAGAAUCUCAAUUUCGGCCGCUGUUUUUCGCUUAUACACUCACACGCGUAUACACCCAGAGCCAGAAACAGGUUUUGCUGGAGCUCCUGGAGUCUUACAUGCGUAGCGGGCUUACUACCUGCAGCCUACGAUUCGCUGUCAAGAAUUAUAAAUGGCACUAAAAUUAGCAGAAUAAAUUGACCAGACACCCGAAAAUAACCAACGAAGUUCCAAGUCAUAUUUGAAAGCAAUUUUCUGGAACAAAACCAACCCUAUAAAAAAGCGGGAUGCGAUUGCCAAUGGCUAUACUUUUAACAGGUAGUUUAUACAUUUAUGCUGUGAGUGUUUUCGUUCCCGAACGCUUUGUUACUGCCAACCCCUUAAGUUUGUCCUUCAUAAGAACGGCUUAUACAACCAAUAACACAAAAUGUGGCGUACAAGGAGUCAUAAUGAGCAUCCAUCCUCCCCGGGAGAAAGUGCAUCGCUGUUCAAGCAGCAUCAUCAAAACAUUUGGCUGUAGAGGUCAAUGUUAUUCAUACACCGAAAUGAACAGUAACCUCACAAGAGUCAUUCGUUCCUGCAGUUGUUGCCAAGCAACGGACUUUGGUUUCCAACAAGCAAUAAUCAACUGCAAGAACGGUGAAAAAAUGCGGAAGAUUGUGAAAUUUGCCAUUAACUGUCAUUGUCGACCUUGUGUUUUGAAACCUAGGGUUACACUUAAAGAUCUGCGCCUCAUGCUCAGGAUGUCCACCAGAAAACAUUGGCCCAACUGAGAGAUUGCGGCCAAGUUCUGCGGCUGAUCAUUGCACAAUAAAUAUAGAGAUCUCUUUCUAGCUACGGACACACUAACAAACAUGCGCAGAGACAUACAGACAAAUUUCCAAUAAGUAAACGCUCGCUCUCGUAUUUGCGCACAUUUAAUUCCCAGAGAAACACAGACACGAACUCACACACACACACACACACACACACACACACACACACACACACACACACACACACAGAGAAUUAUGUGUGUAAUUAUUUUAACAAAAUCUCACGCAUAUUUCUACAUAUAAGAUACUCACACAUUGAUACACAUCGUACACGUACACACACACACACCUAGCAAAUCGAUUCUACACGAAAUUUUAUUCCCACCGACCAACGCAUACCUGUAAUUACACAGCCAUGGAUAGGAUAUACGCACACGAGCAGACACACAGAGGUAAGGCAUGGUUAGGUGGACCUUUAUAUAAUUAAACAACAACUUUAAUUCCCAAGAAUAUCAUCAAACAUUACAACCAACAGCAACUUUGAAAGGCAUUGUAGCCACCACUUCUCCAUGGCAAUACUUCUAUCACAAACAAUAGGCCAACGGUAUUUACGAGUAACUUUACAAACACGAACGAUUACAUCAAGAAACAACAAUAAACAAAGACAAUAUGAUGAUAAUGGUCACUACUACUACUACUACUACUACUACUACUAAAUUUACUACUACUACUGCUACUACUACUACUACUACUACUACUAAUAAUAAUAAUAAUAAUAAUAAUGCAACUACAACUAAUAACAGCAGUAGCCACACACUAUCAACAUCGACACACCACCACAAACAACAGCACAACCACCAACACUAACCAGCACCACCUCCCACCGCCCACCGUUACCACCACCUCCUCCAGCACCACUUCCACCACCACCACCACCACUACCACCACCUCCACCAUUACCAACCGCAACACCAAUGCAACCAACACCAACAACGGCGCCGAGACUGCCACUACACCACCACCACCACCACUACCAUCACGAUGCGCAACAGUAAGAGACAAUAACACCAUUAAAUUUCUUUAAUACCAACAACGUAGACAUCUUCAGGACACAGACAAACAACAACAACACCACCACCCCUCCAAUGCCACACUACAACGAAUACUUGUAUUUACGGCGACACGAAAAA